AUGAUGAAGUUUUGUCCUUGUUUUAGCAACCCACAACAACUACCUAACUCGCCUAGAGAUUCAUUUGAUGAAGGUCUUACAGGUUAUAGAGGUCAUAGCAGUAAGCUUUUUGCUCUCUUCACAUUUCGCUCACGUGGAAAAGGAAGCUCUAGGCAGAAGUACAUAACGGACGAGAUAAAGAAAUAUGGUAACGUGAAAACAAGCGGCAAAAUCUUCAAGUUCAAGGAACUAAUAGCUGCAACUGACAAUUUCAGCAUGGAGUGUAUGAUUGGAGAAGGCGGUUUCGGAAGAGUCUAUAAAGGCUUUCUCACCAGCCUUAAUCAGGUGGUGGCUGUAAAGAGGCUGGACAGGAAUGGGCUACAAGGAACAAGAGAGUUCUUUGCAGAAGUGAUGGUAUUGAGUCUUGCUCAACAUCAAAACCUUGUCAAUCUAAUUGGCUAUUGUGUUGAAGACGACCAACGAGUCCUCGUUUAUGAAUUCAUGCCUAAUGGGUCUUUGGAAGAUCAUUUAUUCGGUAUAAGUUGUGAACCCUUGUCAUGUUAUAAGCUUCUACAUUCUAGUCUAAAGUUUAAUACUUCUGCAGACUUACCGGAAGGGGCACCAAGUCUAGACUGGUUCACGAGAAUGAAGAUAGUGCACGGUGCAGCUAAAGGGCUUGAGUACUUGCAUGACUACGCAGAUCCUCCUGUGAUCUACCGCGAUUUCAAAGCUUCAAACAUAUUGCUGCAAUCGGAUUUCAACUCGAAGCUAUCGGAUUUCGGGUUAGCUAGGCUUGGACCAACUGAAGGCAAAGAUCAUGUCUCCACUAGAGUCAUGGGAACAUACGGAUACUGUGCUCCUGAAUACGCUAUGACCGGUCAACUCACUGCCAAAUCUGAUGUCUACAGUUUUGGCGUUGUCCUCCUUGAGGUUAUAUCUGGGAGACGAACCAUUGAUGGGGACAGACCAACCGAAGAACAAAACUUGAUCUCUUGGGCAGAACCGUUAUUGAAAGAUAGAAGAAUGUUUACACGGAUUGUGGAUCCGAAUCUAAAAGGGAACUACCCAUUAAAAGGAUUGCAUCAAGCGCUAGCAAUUGCAACAAUGUGUUUGCAAGAAGAAGCAGAGACUAGGCCAUUCAUGGGAGAUGUGGUCACAGCACUUGAGUUCUUGGCUAAACCUAUAGAGGUUGUUGAUGAGAAUACUAAUACCGACACUACUACUCCUGCUCCUGCUACUCAGACAUCAUCAUCCGGUUCAUAA